GGAACAGCGGGGACAGGGCACAGACAGGACAGUGCUGUCCCCUCGAGAGACUGAGCCCGGGUCCUGGGGCCCCGUGGAUGGGAAGGGGGGCCCGCUGAGAAGAACAACGAGUUCCCGCAAUGGGGGAGCAGCCUUCUAUGGCGGAGGCGGAGGCGGCGCAGCUGAAGGAGGACGGGAACCGGCACUUCCAGAAGCAGGACUACAAGGCGGCGGCGCGGAGCUACGGCCAGGCCCUGAAGCUCACCAAGGACAAGGCGCUGCUGGCCACGCUCUACCGGAACCGGGCGGCCUGCGGCCUGAAAACGGAGAACUAUGCCCAGGCGGCUUCUGACGCUUCAAGAGCCAUCGACAUCGACUCCUCGGAUAUCAAGGCUCUGUAUCGACGCUGCCAGGCCCUGGAGCGCCUGGGGAAGCUGGACCAGGCCUUCAAGGACGUGCAGCGCUGCGCCACACUUGAGCCACGGAACCCGAGCUUCCAGGACACGCUGAGGAGGCUCAACACCAGCAUCCAGGAGAAGCUCCGUGUACAGUUCUCCACUGACUCCAGGGUCCAGAAGAUGUUUGAGAUCCUCCUGGACGAAAACAGUGAAGCCGAUAAAUUGGAGAAGGCAGCCAACAACCUCAUCGUCCUAGGUCGGGAGGAGGCAGGCGUGGAGCGGAUCUUCCAGAACAACGGAGUGGCCCUACUGCUGCAGCUGCUGGAAACCAAGCGGCCAGAGCUGGUCCUGGCUGCAGUGCGGACCCUGUCGGGCAUGUGCAGUGGCCACCGAGCGAGGGCCACUGCGAUUCUCCAUGCAGUCCGGAUUGAGCGAAUCUGUGGCCUCAUGGCCGUGGAGAACGAGGAGCUGACCCUGGCCGUCUGCAACCUGCUCCAGGCCAUCAUUGACUCUCUCUCUGGGGAGGACAAGCGGGAGCACCGAGGCAAGGAGGAGGCACUGGUUCUAGAUACCAAGAAGGACCUCAAGCAAAUCACCAGCCACCUGCUGGACAUGCUGGUCAGCAAGAAGGUGUCGGGCCAGGGCAGGGACCAGGCCCUGAAUCUGCUGAAUAAGAAUGUGCCCAGGAAGGACCUUGCCGUUCACGACAACUCUCGCACCAUCUACGUGGUGGACAAUGGCCUGAGGAAGAUCCUGAAGGUGGUGGGGCAAGUCCCAGACCUGCCGUCCUGCCUGCCGCUGACGGACAACACCCGGAUGCUGGCCUCCAUCCUCAUCAACAAGCUCUACGACGACCUGCGCUGUGACCCCGAGCGCGAUCACUUCCGCAAGAUCUGCGAGGAAUACAUCACGGGCACGUUCGACCCGCAGAACAUGGACAGGAAUGUCAGCGCCAUCCAGACGGUGUCCGGAAUCCUGCAGGGCCCCUUUGACCUGGGCAACCAGCUGCUGGGGCUGAAAGGGGUGAUGGAGAUGAUGGUGGCGCUGUGUGGCUCCGAGCGGGAGGCGGACCAGCUGGUGGCCGUGGAGGCCCUCAUCCACGCCUCCACCAAGCUCAGCCGCGCCACCUUCAUCAUCACCAAUGGCGUGGGGCUGCUCAAAGAGAUCUACAAGACCACCAAGAACGAGAAGAUCAAGAUCCGCACACUGGUGGGUCUCUGUAAGCUGGGCUCCGCGGGCGGCACGGAUUAUGCCCUCAGACAGUUUGCCGAAGGCUCCACAGAGAAGCUGGCCAAACAGUGUCGCAAGUGGCUGUGCAAUGCCUCCAUCGACACGCGGACCCGGCGCUGGGCCGUGGAGGGCCUGGCCUACCUCACGCUGGACGCAGACGUGAAGGACGACUUCGUCCAGGACAUCCCCGCCCUGCAGGCCAUGUUUGAGCUGGCCAAGACCACGGACAAGACCAUCCUGUACUCAGUGGCCACCACUCUGGUGAACUGCACCAACAGCUACGAUGUCAAGGAGGUCAUCCCCGAGCUGGUGCAGCUCGCCAAGUUCUCCAAGCAGCACGUGCCCGAGGAGCACCCCAAGGACAAGAAGGACUUCAUAGACAUGCGCGUGAAGCGGCUCCUGAAGGCUGGUGUCAUCUCCGCGCUGGCCUGCAUGGUGAAGGCGGACAGUGCCAUCCUCACGGACCAGACCAAAGAGUUGCUGGCCAGGGUAUUCUUGGCCCUGUGUGACAAUCCCAAAGACCGCGGCACCAUUGUGGCUCAAGGAGGUGGCAAGGCCCUCAUCCCACUGGCCCUGGAGGGCACUGAUGUGGGCAAGGUGAAGGCAGCCCAUGCCCUCGCCAAGAUUGCCGCCGUGUCCAAUCCUGACAUCGCCUUUCCAGGGGAGCGGGUAUACGAGGUGGUGAGGCCCCUCGUGAGUCUCCUGGACACGCAGCGGGAUGGGCUCCAGAAUUAUGAGGCGCUCCUGAGCCUCACCAACCUAUCAGGGCGCAGCGAGAAGCUCCGGCAGAAGAUCUUUAAGGAGAAGGCCAUGCCGGACAUCGAGAACUACAUGUUUGAGAACCACGACCAGCUGCGGCAGGCGGCCACGGAGUGCAUGUGCAACAUGGUGGUGAACAAGGAGGUGCAGGAGAGGUUCCUGGCUGACGGGAAUGACCGACUGAAGCUGGUAGUGCUGCUGUGUGGGGAGGACGAUGACAAAGUGCAGAACGCGGCGGCCGGGGCCCUGGCCAUGCUGACGGCAGCACACAAGAAGCUGUGCCUCAAGAUGACCCAAGUGACUACCCAGUGGUUGGAGAUUCUACAGCGGCUUUGCUUGCAUGACCGACUGUCAGUCCAACACCGGGGUCUCGUCAUUGCCUACAACCUGCUGGCAGCUGAUGCUGAGUUGGCCAAGAAACUGGUGGAGAGUGAGCUGCUGGAGAUCCUGACUGUGGUGGGCAAGCAGGAGCCUGAUGAGAAGAGGGCAGCGGUGGUUCAGACGGCACGGGAAUGUCUCAUCAAGUGCAUGGAUUAUGGCUUCAUCAAGCCUGUGUCUUAGGCAUCUGUGUGGGGGCAGGGGUGGGUCCUUACUGUGCUAAGAUCCGAACUUGGAACUCUUGGGUAUCAGAUCAGCUAAGAAUCAGAGCAGUGACAAUGAAGUAAAAGGAAGAUAUGAAAGGAAGAUGAUUUUUUCCCUGAAUCGCCAGUCUUCCUCUUUACCCUUUGAAAGUUUGGUUAUUUAAUUGGCGUUCUUAGUCCCUUUUUUCCUUACACCUGUCAUGUUCCAAAGAUUCUUAGAAUAAUUUUCAACUGGGAUUUGGAAGACAAGUUGGGAUGAAUUCUUUCUGUAUCCAUUCCAAAAGGCUAGGAUAACCGACUGGCAUUCUUUAUAAUUUGAAAAAUGGAUUGUAUGUUAAGGAAGGAUCAGGUUGGUGUGUGAAUAUAGAGAUUAAUGCUGUGCAUUAUGAAUGCUGGUAUGUACUGGUUUUCAAACACUCUCUCCCAGACUGUCUGAAUAAGGCUACCUCCUUUGAUGCUUCAGCUGCCAUAUCCUGUCUUAACACCAUGCUGAUUUCCAUUGCUCAGUUGUAAUGGAAGUACAGUAUAUGGCCAACAGUUGAGACAAGAUUUUUCAAUUUGUAUGGGAAAGUCUUCAAAGCAGACAUAAUAAAUAGAAAUAAGUCUAAGUCAGUUAACAUUUAAAAUGUUUUGUUUUACUCACUGUGAUUUGCAAUACUGUCAGAGGUAGGAUUUCAUGCAUGUAUUUCAACACCACAUCCUCCACCAGUGUUUGUUUCCUUCUACCAUUGUCUCAAGGACCCUUCUUAGCCCCCUUCCCCUCUUCAUGUUCCCCACCGUCCCCCCAUCAUGGUAAACUAAGUUCUGUACAUUAGCUCAUAGAAUCUGUUG